AUGGCCAAGGGGUUGAUAGACGAGAAAGGCGAUCACGUCGAGACUGGAGACCCAAUCCACGUGGAAACGUCUGGCUUGAGCGACCACGCCGGUCUCGAUGAUUCCAAUCUUCCACGAUAUGAUGACAAAGAGACCAGGCGCAUCCUUCGUAGGGUCGACUACCGCCUGCUUCCGAUGUUGACGCUGUUGUAUGUCCUCGCGUUCCUGGAUCGUGGGAACAUCGGCAAUGCCAAAGUAGCCGGGAUGAACAAAGACCUCAAGCUCACCGGGACCCAGUACAAUCUGGCAUUGACGGUCUUCUUCUUCCCAUAUGCCGUGUUUGAGGUGCCGUCCAACAUCGUGCUCAAGCUGAUGCGGCCCUCGUGGUGGAUCUGCAUCCUCAUGGUCUCCUGGGGCGUGGUUAUGACUCUCCAAGGCAUCGUCCAAAACUACAAUGGCCUCAUCGUCACCCGGACAAUGUUGGGCCUGGCCGAAUCUGGAUUCUUUCCUGCUGCCACGUAUCUCCUGACCACCUGGUACUGCCGGUUCGAAGUCCAGACACGGCUGUCGGUUUUCUUCUCGGCCGCGUCGAUGGCUGGGGCGUUCUCGGGCCUGCUCGCGUUCGCGAUCGAGAAGAUGGACGGGGUCGGUGGCGAGGACGGUUGGCGUUGGAUCUUCAUCUUGGAGGGCAUCUUGACCACCAUGGUGGGCUGCACGCUGCCCUGGACGCUACCGGACUCGCCUGAGACAGCCAGCUUCCUGAGCGUGGCGGAGAAGGACUUCAUCAACCGGCGGCUGGUGCAGGACGCAGGCACGUCGGCUGGGCGGGUGCGCACACGCGAGCGUUUCCAGUGGCGGUACCUGCGCGCCGCCCUGGCCGACUGGAAGAUUUACUUCGCCGUCAUCAUCUACUGGGGCAACAGCAUCGUGUUGUACGCCUUCACCUACGCCGCACCUAGCAUCAUCCUCGAACUGGGCUACACCGCCGCCCAGGCCCAGCUGCUCACCAUCCCCAUCUACUUCCUCGGCGCCGUCAGCACCAUCUUCUUCUCAGUCCUGGCCGACCGCCACCAGACCCGCUGGCCCUUUAUCGUCGCCCCCUUCAGUCUCGCCUUGGUCGGCCUCAUCGGGCUGCUGGCCGUCCCCCAUCCCCACCUCCCCGGCUUGACCUACGCCUUCCUCUUUACUAUCCCCGCUGGCGUAUAUCCGCCCUUGAUCGGCUGUCUGUCCUGGGUUGGGAACAACCUCGCUCCCACCUGGAAGCGGGCCAUCGGCAUGGCGCUGUUGAUAUCCCUGGGCAACCUCGGCGGCGCCAUCGGGUCAAACAUCUUCCUCGCCAACCAGGCCCCACACUACUGGCUUGGAUAUGGUAUCGCCACCGGCAUCGUCGCGGCGGCUAUUGCCUCAACCCUCGUGCUGAGAGUUGCCUAUGGCCUACUCAACAAAAAACGAGAUUUGCUGGAUGAGGAGGAAGUCAAGGCCCAGUAUACUGAAGAUGAACUACUUGAUCUUGGGGAUAAGUCGCCUCUAUAUCGAUAUGUGGUGUGA